UACGUGCUCAGCGCAACCUGCGAGUCACUCUACAUAUAUUAACAUGACUCGACGGCCGAGAAACAGUGUUUACAGUAGCGAGGAGGAUGAGGAGGAGACCGACAUGUAUGACCACGAUUACGAUGGGUCACUGGUCAAGGCAGGGAAACGGCACCUUGGCAAGACCCGCUGGACACGAGAAGAGGAUGAGAAGUUAAAGAAACUUGUUGAGCUGCAUGGAUCAGAAGACUGGAAACUCAUUGCGAGCUUACUAACUAAUCGUACAGAUGUGCAGUGCCAGCACAGGUGGCAGAAGGUUCUUAACCCAGAGCUCAUCAAAGGGCCGUGGACCAAAGAGGAGGACCAGAGGGUGAUUGAGCUGGUGCAGAAGUACGGAGCCAAGCGCUGGUCGGUGAUCGCCAAGCACCUGAAGGGGCGUAUCGGCAAGCAGUGCCGCGAACGCUGGCACAACCACCUGAACCCAGAGGUGAAGAAGACGUCGUGGACUGAGGAAGAGGACCGGAUUAUCUACCAGGCACACGAGAAGCUGGGCAACCGCUGGGCCGAAAUCGCUAAGCUGCUUCCUGGCAGGACUGACAACGCCAUCAAGAACCACUGGAACUCCACCAUGAGGAGAAAGGUGGAGCAGGAGGGCUACCUGCAGUGCGCGGCGAAGAACGGCAACUCCUCGCUCUCCGUCGGCCACGGCUACAUCAAGACCGGCAAUCACAUCAUGGGGUACCCCCACCACUCGCCCAGCCACGCGCAGCUGCCGCCCUUGUCGCAAUUCAACUACGCCUACAUCGACUCACACAGGGUACCGAUACCCAGGGCCUUGCAUUUGAACAUCCUUCACAUUCCCCAGCAUGGAACUGCUGCAAUACAGAGACACUAUAGCGAGGAGGACCCUGAGAAGGAGCAGAGGGUGAAAGAGAUCGAACGGCUGCUCAUGUCAACAGAGGAUGAGCUGAGAGGCCAGCCGUCACUACCGAUGAAUCUGUCCUAUCCGAGCUGGGCCAGCCAGAGCUCUUUGACCAACAGCUCCGAGGGUGUCAUGUUUUUACCUCAUCACCAGGCCGGCGCCCCUGCCCUGCCUCUGGACCAGAGCUGCCUACCUGAGGAGAGCGCCUCUGCGGCACGGGCCCACAGCAACAACAGCAGCAACAAUCACAACAACAACAACAACAACAACAACAGCAUCAGCCAUCCAAGCGGUCCGACGUUCUCAAAUACCAUCCCGGAGUUCAUGAACUGUGUCAUCGAUUCAUUUCUCAUACAGUCAAUGAGCCCUGAAGACUCCGACAACGACAGUGUACCGAUGAGCUCGCCCGUGGACUCGAAGCCUCUGAUCAACCACACUAUCAGGCACCAGAAAGAGGAGGAAAUGUUCAGAACUCCAAACAUUCGUCGUUCGAUCAUGGAGUCAUCGCCUUGUACACCCACCCCUUUCCGGUCAGCUCUGGCCAUGCAGGAGGCCAAAUAUGGACCCGUCAAACUACUGAACUCCCCAUUGGAGCAGCAGAUGUCGAAAGUCAUCAAACAGGAGCCGAUGGAGUGUGCCAUUGAGCAGCCUCCUCUGAAGAAGAUAAAACAAGAGGUGGAGUCGCCAUGCGAGAGGAGUCCGUGCAUGCAGUGGGACGGACAAGAGCUCCACACACAGCUCUUCUCCCCAAGCGGCCCCGCGCAGGAAGUACCUGACCUUCUCACGAGUUCAUUAUUGCGUGAAGAUGGACACAAAAACUACCACCUUCCCCGCAGAGGCAUGGGCAGCCCGCUACAGCAGCUGAGUUCCUGGGAGCAGGUGACUUGUGGGAAGACAGAGGAGCACGCCUUGGCCUCCGAGCAGAGCCACAAGUACAUCAACACUUAUCCUACGAGGACACUGGUCGUGUAGCCAGAGACACACGUUGAACUGGAGAGAUCAACAAUCCCUGCGCUGGACGCAGCGCGGCGGGUUACAUAUUUGUUGUGGUACAACAGUUGGGAGAGGCUCUAUGCCAUUGGUGUUUUUACACUCACACUUGUUGGAUUUCAACCAACCAAAGACUAAACGCACGUAUUGUUAUUAUUUUUUAUUCGUGGAAAUCUUCCGCAUAGAAUUUGCGACGGGUUCCAGUGUACGUCCUCUUACGUUUGGUCUCGUCAUUAUGUUAUUGUUGUAUUAUAAAUGGGAAACGGUGGAUAUAUAAUUUGCAUUGGGCUGUAUUGCUAAUUCCGAAUUUUGAUAUUAAUAUAAAGAACAAGUUGAUUAAUUUAUUCCUUUUCUUUUUCAUCAUGAUAAUGUUAUUUUUUUUCAAUUGGCCAAUGGAUCAGUGUUGUAAGUUAAGUAUUUAAGCCCUAUUAGCAUUAUCAUAAAUCCAAAGGCAUAUUAAUGAAUUUAAACUGACCUUUUUAUUUCAGUCAUGAAACUUUUCUUUGUUUCUUUAUUAUUAUUAUUAUUUUAUUUUAUUUUUAUCAGGCUACAAUGUGUCUACUGUUUAUUUCAAGGCUUUGGUCUGUGCCACCUCAUGUAAACACUUAACUACUGAACUAGAACUGCUGCGUCUGUUCUUACGUCUUUAUUCAACAAUGAAUGAUGAUGCGUUACAUAACAGAAGGGGCCAGCCUUAUUAGUAUUACCUGACUACCACAUUGGCACCUUUAUUUCGUAUAAAUUGAGUUUUCAUUUCAACUUUUGAUUUAUUUCUGGCCCUCACAGUAUCCUGUAUGGGGAAAUAUUUAAUGAACAAAUGAUUUAUUUGUUAACAUUUUAAAUAUAUAUAUAUAUGUGUGUAUAUAUAUAUUUCUACAUUUAAAACAAUAAUCUUAAAUGAGCUUAUAUGUUUGAAAUCAUGAGCUUCACCCAGUAAGAGUAUGACCAAGCUGCACUUGAAUCGUAUAUUCUCCAUAAAAGAAAAAAAAAGCGAGAGUACAAAACACUGAUAUUUUAUAUAAUGCUACACACAAAUCCCAAUCAAAACUUUUGUAUGGUUUUUGUAUUCAAACAUUUCUUUGAAUCAUUUUGGUAUUUUUGUAUCACGUCUGUUCAAUCAGCAUUUUGUUUUCUUACUAAGACUGCAGUAGCCCAUGUCAAACACAAUCUUUUUAUAAGCCUUGUUUUUAUACUAGCUUUUGAGCAAAAAUGAUUUUAUAAAAGCAUUUAUACAUGCCAAGUUUUCAUGUUUUUAUACUUUUCUAUACUGCCUAGUAAAUAAAGUGUGUUGUUUUUAUUACA